UAGACAGAGGGAGAUUGAAGAACACAGAAUCUUAAAAAAGACGCACGCACAAACUUCCACUUGUGACGCUUUAAAUGAAGAUUUUCUAUUUUUAAAAAAUCUUAAAAAUCACAAAUAAAUAGAUCUUCUUCACGAGCCUCUACCUCUCUACCCAUACCUGUCAGACCUUACCUGUACCAAGAGCUAUUUUUGGUGCUUUACAGUUUGUACUGUACAUACAAAGCCUAGAGCGAGAGAGGCUACAGAGAGAGACAGCCCACGAUCUAUGCAUCUUCCUUUUUCUUUUUUCCGGGUUUGACAGCCCCACAAGAAAUAGAUUUUUGAGUAAUUAAGGGCUAAAGCUAAAAUCAAUCAUGCCAUCAGGUGCUAAGAAGAGGAAAGCUGCCAGGAAAAAGAGGGAAAAGGAGGUCAGCGACAGCUCUUCAAUCAGCAGCAACAAUCCUCAAGGAAAUGGUGAUCCAAAAAGCCCUGAUGAGAGAGAGAGUGAUGGUGGUGAGAUUGGUUCCCCUGUAUCACUGGACCAACAUAACCACCAGCAUCCAUUUAAUGAGGGUAAUGGAGAAUCUGAGAAAGGAGGCCCAUCACCUGCCAAUUCAUUUGCCCACCAGAACAAGCCCAUGGAGGGAGUCCCUGGGGAUGCAGAAGGAAGCCAUAAAGUUGAACCAGAGGACAACAGUGCUAUUAAAAUUGAGAGAGAGGUGAACUCUGAGCAAAAUGUGGAAAGUAAAGAUAUUAUUGAGCAUGUUGAUUGUCCAAAGGAAUCUCAUGAUGAAGAUGAUAGGAGCUCUAGCAGUAGUAGUUCCAGCAACGAGUCUCAAGUUUUCGAGAAGAAAUCAAAGGAAGCCAAUGAUGAGGAAAAGGAAGUUGUUUUUGAGAAGAAAUCAAAGGAAGCCAAUGAUGAGGAAAAGGAAUUUGGUUCUUUUUCUAAAGAGGUGAAGCAGAUCCCUGAAAAUGGGAAACCAGUCAAGGAAGUUAAUAAUAAUUCAGUCUUGGAAACUGCUUCAGCUAUUUAUUUGGUGAAUCCUGUGGUGCCCAUUUCUGAGACAGUGAAAUUUGUUAUGGAGAGGGCUCAAGUUGAAAAUUCAGAGGUUCUGGAAGUGGUUGAAUCUGGUUUUGAGGAAAAUGAGGACAGAUUGUUGCCUAUAUCCAAUGAGGUUGUUGAAGUUUCACCAGCUAUUGUUGUGCCAAAGAAAAAUGAAGAUGAAGUUAUUCCCAUCUCAGAUGAGAAUGUUGGGGCAUCUUCAAAUGUGGUUGGUUCUUCGGUAUAUGGAAAUUUAGGGAAAACAUUGGCAUCAUCAGACAGUCAUUCCACUGAAACUGGUAAUGGUGCAGACAAAAACAAAGACACUGAUGCUCUUGAAAGUACUGAAAACCAGCUUCUUCUUGCUUCUGCUCCACGAGUAGCAGAAAGAACAUCUUGGAUGGGUUGCUGUGGUUUAUUUGAUGUUUUUACAGGCACCAACAGAUAAUUUCAGAAAUGAGCGCGAGCUUGAGGAAGCUGUCAUGAACCGGGAGUCUGAGAAGGAUUUGGUUUGUAGUAGUUUGAGAUAACAGGAGUAAGAAUCUUUUGGAAAGUUUUCCCAAACAAUAAGUGCAGAAAACCUGUAUAGGUAAAACAAUUAUAUAAACUUUUGCAAACAGUGAGUUUCAAUAUUGGAGGGUAGCUUAUUUUACCAAACCUAAGCCUCAUUUUCUUGUUGAUUUUUGAUUGUGUCAGUAUACCGGGUGUUGUAUGAUGUUCAUUUUUUACCAGAUUGAUGAUAUGAAACUCACCAUUCCAAGUA